AUGAAGAAGCAAUUUGUUUUAAGGGCACAUCAUCCGGACGACACGGAACCAGGAAGUGGAGGUUAUGCGCUCGUAAACAGUUUAAAGUCAAGGGAUUCGAAACUUAAAACAAUUCUUUCGAUUGGUGGAAAAGUAUUUGGUACAGAACGAUUCAAGGACAUGUCAAGUUCGGAACGCAGAAGAGCUACCUUCAUCAAUUCCGCGAUUGAAUUCGUCCGUCGUUAUGGUUUUGAUGGAAUCGAUAUCGAUUGGUACCUUCCCGAGGGUCAAGCGGAUAAGGAUAACUUUUCGGCUUUACUCAGAGAACUGCGAGCUGCGAUUGAGCAAGAGGCAUCCACAACAGGUCACAAACGAUUGAUUCUAACUGCUGAUGUAGCACCUGAAAAGCGGCGAAUUGAAAACGGAUACGAUGUCCAUAAAAUUGAAGAGUAUUUGGAUUUUGUGAUGGUGAUGUCGUACGAUUUUCACGGUCCAUGGGAACAAAGAACCGGUUUCAACAGUCCGCUGUACUCCCAAGACGGAUUGAGCGUUCAUGACGCAGCUACAUCCUGGGAAUCUCAGGGCAUGCGCAACUGCAAGAUUGUCAUCGGUAUACCAUUGUACGGUCGCGGAUGGACUCUCUCGAAUUCAUCGAACACGGAUGUGGGCGCUGCGGGCACUCCAUCCAGACCGACACGAUACAUAUGCGAAAGCGGUGUCGCUUCUUACUACGAGAUACGUGAGAUGUUAGCCAGUGGAGCACAGAAUCGUUGGAAUGAUGAACAGCAAGUGCCAUAUUUGGUGCAGGACGAUCAAUGGUUCAGUUAUGACGAUGAGAAAUCAGUCACCAAGAAGGUGCGAUAUUGUGAUGGCACUGGCAUCUCAUCAAUAUGUCAGUCGUAUCGGAUAUUCGAAUCGUGUCAAUCCAUCCCAAAUCUCGGCUACAUUUGCUGUUGUUCAGGCCAAUUGUGUAAUUCAGCCAACAGAUUAAUAUCCUCAUCAUUACCGUUACCGAUGAUCGCUUCAUUUUUCAUCAUUUUACUCUAUCGAUUUCAUGCUUGA